AUGAAGGGUCUCCUGUUGUGCGCGCUCGCACUUGCCUUUGCUGCGGUGACCACCCAUGCCCAGCUGCAGUCCUGCCCGGCACGCUGCGGCAAGCAGGCCGACGGUAUGGAGUGCCCCAACAACCUCUGCUGCAGCAAGGAUGGGUACUGCGGACUGGGCGUCGACUACUGUGUCAGGGUUUCCCCUCGCCAGCUUGCUGGUGCCGGCUGCCAGAGCGGUGCCUGCUACGACAACAAGAUUUGCGGUGCGCAGGCCAAAGGCACACUGUGCCCUAACAACCAUUGUUGUAGCUCGGGUGGUCGUUGCGGCUACGGCAGAGAAUACUGCAGCAACGGCUGCCAGAAUGGUCCUUGCUGGGCUGAUCUCAAGUGUGGCCACCUGGACAAUGGUAAGCUAUGCCCCAACAAUCUCUGCUGCAGCCAAUAUGGUUAUUGUGGCCUAGGACCGGAGUUCUGUGGUACUGGCUGCCAAAACGGCGCCUGCACCACAGAUAAGCCGUGUGGCAACAAGGCUAAUGGUGCAGCAUGCACCAACAACUAUUGUUGCAGCGUGUAUGGGUCUUGUGGUCUUGGCAAGGAUUACUGUGGUACCGGCAGCUGCCAGAGCGGCGCAUGCAACUAG